CCUCCCCACACCUCCGUCCCUCCUAAAUCCAAAGGUAUUACUAACAGAUCAAACACGCAAUUUUUUGGUUCGGGGAAACCCAACCCAGUCAUUUCAGCCCGCGUGCCCGAUAUUCUCGCUUGGGUCUCUCUCUGGCUUUUUCCAACUUUCAGCACACUCAACUCACUUGAACCGCAUCCAUUUCCAAAAAAAACACAUCCUUGACAUUUUCUCUUAUAAGACGCGAUAUACAAUUUCUAGGCGCGACGUACUCCUACUCCUUGAGCUGCAUUACAACAAACAUUUGGGAUUUAUUGUUACAAAACAGCAUACACGCAACAACUACAACAAGAAAAGAAUAGAACCUAGUCUUGUACCAUUACUCUAUUUUUUCUUGUUCUUUUUUUUCCAACGACACACACACACACACGCAUUCAAAAUAAUUGAUAAUAAAUGGGAAACGUCUCCAGUUGCUCGUGCUGCCAAGACUGUUUCGGAAAACGGAACCGGACAGGCCUAUAUGAGCCUCUGUUACAAGAAAAUGAACGUGAGGCGAUUGCCGAACUACUUCAAUUUCUUGAAAAUCGUAAUCAAACCAACUUCUUCGAAGGCGAACCAUUACGAGCAUUAUCGACGCUAGCUUUUUCUGAUAAUGUGGACUUGCAGCGGUCCGCCGCGUUGGCAUUUGCAGAAAUCACUGAGAAAGAUGUCCGUCAAGUGGGUCGUGAUACGCUCAAUCCUAUUCUUUUCUUACUACAAUCGCAUGAUGUGGAGGUACAACGCGCAGCAAGUGCAGCGCUAGGAAAUCUGGCUGUGAACACGGAGAAUAAGCUGCUGAUCGUCAAACUCGGGGGUCUGGAGCAGUUAAUUCGUCAGAUGGGAAGUCCGAACGUCGAAGUACAGUGCAACGCUGUAGGCUGCAUUACAAACCUUGCAACACAUGAUGAAAAUAAGGCAAAGAUUGCACGAUCGGAUGCGCUUCGUUUGUUGGUAGAUCUGGCACGAUCCAAGGAUCAAAGAGUGCAGCGUAACGCGACCGGAGCAUUACUUAACAUGACACAUACCCAGGAAAACCGUCAACAGUUAGUGAAUGCAGGUGCAAUCCCAGUCCUGAUAGGGCUUCUUAGUUCGCAAGAUGCCGAUGUCCAAUAUUACUGCACAACAGCUUUGAGCAAUAUUGCGGUCGAUGCUGGGAACCGGAAAAAGUUGGCACAGACCGAUUCGCGCUUGGUACAAUAUUUGAUUGCUCUCAUGGAAACCAAGAGUCUCAAGGUCCAAUGCCAAGCAGCGCUUGCACUGCGUAACCUAGCAUCUGAUGAAAAAUACCAGCUCGAAAUCGUCAGAUGCAAAGGCCUUACACCUCUCCUUCGUCUUCUCAAGUCAUCUUUUCUUCCACUCAUUCUAUCAUCUGUCGCAUGCAUCCGCAAUAUAUCCAUACAUCCAGCCAACGAAUCACCCAUCAUCGACGAAGGUUUUGUCAACCCGCUUAUUGAACUGCUUUCCUACGACGAUAACGAGGAAAUCCAAUGCCACGCAAUAUCUACGCUUCGAAAUUUAGCAGCAAGUUCUGAACGUAAUAAGAAAGCCAUUGUGGAAGCAGGCGCGGUUGAGCGCAUUCGGAUACUCAUCAAUCAAGUACCUCCAAGCGUACAAACGGAAAUGACGGCUGCGAUUGCCGUGUUGGCACUUAGCGAGGAGUUAAAGCAACGGCUUCUCGGCAUGGGCGUGCUUGAGGUUUUGGUGCCACUUACGUCAAGUCGCAACAUGGAAGUUCAAGGCAAUUCAGCCGCAGCAAUUGGCAAUUUGAGCUCGAAAGUGAAAGACUAUUCGCCCUUUGUGCAAGUCUGGUGUACACCAGCAGGAGGUUUAUGUGGAUUCCUGGUACACUUUCUCGACGAGGGCCAAGCAAUCGCGUUCCAGCAUAUUGGCGUUUGGACUAUCGAACAAUUUCUUGAAGGAAACGAUCCCGAGCUCGUGUCAAGAAUUGCACAGUCAGCUGAAAUUGUUCAGGCUGUGCAACGAAUUGCCAAAUCCGGCGAACGAUCAAAGCAAACCAAAGCUGAAAACGGCGAUGAUGGAAGUGAAGAUGUAGAUGGUGACAUAUACGGUCUAGCUAAGCGCGUUGCAAAUGCCCUUUCUGAUAUAGAAUUCGGCAAGAAGCAAUAACAUCAUGUCUUUUUCUUUCCUAUUUUCUUACACACGCAGCACAACCAUCAUAUUCUUUCUAUCAUUGUCAUACUAUCCCACAUAUACACUAUCUCUCUCUUCUCUCUCUCUCUCUAUCCCCCUUUCACUACCAUUAUCGCCUUGUCUUUUCUCCCCGUCUUCCGAUUUACUAAACACAUUUUUUUUACAUGAUCAUACUACACUAUAUCUCUUGCGAUCAAAGUAUAUCCUUUUGGACAAUUUGGUGUUGCUGGAGUAAAAUGCGUGCUGAAAAUAAGACGUGAAGAGAACAUGAUAUUUUGGAUGGACCUGUCCAAUGUUGUAG